AUGGAUGGCAAUAGCGCAGAUGGAGUUAUGUCAGGGAUACAAGGAACUAAUGGCUGUGGAGAUGCUCAGUUUCCAGGCUUAUGGUCAUCGCCUGAAGGAAGGCAAAACAUUGACAUAGGCAAACAGAUUUUCUGUAACAGUGCUGUGAAUAUGAAAAAUAUAGUUGCUGUUGGCUUUGAUAUGGACUAUACCUUGGCACAGUAUAAGGCUGAGACUUUUGAGUCCCUUGCAUAUGAUGGUACAGUUGAAAAGCUAGUAAGCAACUUGGGAUACCCUGCAGAGUUACUGAAAUGGUCUUUUGAUUGGACAUACAUGGUCAGAGGACUGGUUCUUGAUAAAAAGAGAGGAAAUAUACUGAAGAUGGACAGGCACAAAUAUGUGAAAGUAGCCUAUCAUGGAUUUAGGCUGAUAUCAAAGAAUGAAAAGGUUGCUACAUAUGGGAAUAGCUUUGUCCGAGAUGCAUUUGAUGGGCCUGACUAUGCACAUAUUGAUACCCUUUUCUCUCUAGCUGAAGCUUAUCUAUUUGCUCAGCUGGUUGACUUCAAGGAUAAUAACCCUGGGAAAAUACCAGAAGAAAAAGACUACUCCCGUCUGUAUAACGAUGUCCGCUCUGCUGUUGAUAUGUGCCACCGUGAUGGAACUUUGAAGACAUUGGUUGCAAAAGAUAUAAAAAAGUAUAUCAAUGAGAACAACUCAAUAGUCCCGAUGCUCAAAAUGAUUAAAACUUCUGGUCGUGCUGUAUUCUUGGUGACAAACAGCCUCUGGGAUUACACAAAUGUUGUUAUGAAUUUUGUUUGUGGGACCCAGACGAAGAACGGCGAAUCCUCUCCAAGUCUUGAUUGGCUCCAGCAUUUUGACUUUGUCAUCACUGGCAGUGCGAAACCAGGGUUUUUCCAUGAUGUAAACCGUGCUAAUCUUUUUGCUGUUGAGACGGAGUCAGGGAAGCUCAUCAAUACUGAUAAUGGCACUCCACUUGCUCAGGUGGGGUGCCCUGAUCUAGAUCUGCCAGAUCACAUCCCAAAGCAAUGCAAGGUUUUUCAGGGAGGCAAUGUGGGACAUCUCCAUAAACUACUCAAUGUUGGCUCAAGCUCACAGGUUCUUUAUGUUGGAGAUCAUAUCUAUGGGGAUAUCUUACGCAGCAAAAAAGUUCUUGGCUGGAGGACAAUGCUUGUUGUUCCAGAACUUGAAAAGGAGGUUCAAGUUCUGGCAUCCUCACGUGACACUCGAAAGAAACUGCAACUGCUUAGGAGUGAGAGAGAUCAGAUUGAAGAUCAGACUCAUCAUUUAAAGUGGUCCCUCGAGCAUGAGAAUCUGGAUGUUGGUGAAAAGGAAAAGAUCAGUGCAAAGCUUGAGGUGCUUGAGGGGCAGCGGGCACGUGUCCGGGCAGCUCAUCAAGAGUCUCAAAGGAUCUUCCACCAGAAGUUUCAUCCGGUGUGGGGCCAGCUGAUGAAAACAGGGUACCAAAACUCCCGCUUUGCACACCAGGUGGAGCGUUUUGCAUGUCUGUACACAAGUCAGGUGGGAAAUCUGGGGCUCUACUCCCCUGCAAAAUACUAUAGGCCUAGUGAGGACUUCAUGCCUCAUGAGUCUGACAUUCUCUGAUGUGUUUCAGUUUCAUGUUUGAUGAAUAAGUAAAGUCUGUUUGUUGGGAUGUUUAUGUUUAUGAUGUUAAGUAAGUAUGGUUGUUGAUGCAACCAAGACGAUGGAUGAUAUGUUGUUGUGUUGUGUGUUUUUGGAGGUUUUAGAUACUCUUAUGUUAUGUUGUGAAAUAAUGAUACUCAGCAGACUUUCUCAUGGUUGUUUGCAUUAGAAAUUAGAUUAC